CAAGUCAACCUUCCUGUUCGUUGCGAUUUUGUGUUUGGAGAACUCGACUGGAGAAGCAAGUUAGUUUCCCCUGUUGUUUUCGAGAUGGCUGCGGCGGCGCGUGUAGAUCGGAAGCUCCUUAGCAAGGUCUUCGACUGGACGAAGGUUCUUUCCAAGGUCCCAGAAGGGUCGGUAGCCCGAAAGGAUCUGCUUGCUCUCCGUGCUAAGCACGACCAACUCCGUGAGCGUUUGGACAGCCACCCAGAGAAUGCUGCUCCUAUUGACUUCGACCACUACCGAAAGCUGAUUGCCAAUCCUGGAUUCGUAGACAGCAUGGAGAAGACGUAUAAAGACCUGUUGACUAAAGUGCCAUACCCUUCAGAUCCGUUUACAGCGGAGAUCAGUUCUCGCGAGAAGGAGGCUGACAAGCACUUCGCCACUGUGAUUGCUGAAGCCAAGGAUAUCGCCCAGGAGCUGCAGACAUCACUGGAUGAGUUCAACAAGCUGCCACCAUUUGAGUCCAUGACCUGGGAUGAUUUCUUCGACCGCUUCCCUAAGUACGAGGAGAGGGUGGACAAGAUCCUGUUUGAAAUGAAUUACGAGGGCAAGUUCGAACACAUCAACGACAUGAUCAAUGGCAGGCUGGAGGCAGGGCCAGAGGAGGCUAAGAAGUAACGUGCUUUCAAUUUGAUAGCAUGUAUGUGUAGAAUUGUCCUGUCUGUGUAUGAUAGUUUUGUGGCGUGGAACGCCUGCAUAUACUGCUAGAACGAUACGUGUACAAUCACCUUUUUUAUUUAAAUCAUAUUGACAAUAAAUACGCUUUUCACGUGUCUGCA